AUGAUAGCCUCAGAUCCCGAGCCAGCUCGCUUCAUUCCAACACCCAACGAAGUCUUUGUAGCACAGGCUCGUCUCAGCGAGCGUGUACCUCCAGAACUAGCGAACUUAAUACCCAACCAUGCGCGCUACUGGCCGAUGGUCAGCACGAGCUUCCAGGCCGACGAUGAGACAGGCAAGAUGAUCUACGCGCGCCACAGAGACAAGUACAUUUCGGCUGAGGUACGAGAAGUUCACGUCAAGUUGGAGAGCCAUGAUCAGGGAUGGUGCGACGAUAACUCUAGUCCCUCUCUAUACAUUCCGUCCUGGACAUGGUUCGAAGCUGCGAUCAUUCGAGAUCCCCAAUAUAUCACCUCGUCUCCCGAGGCAGAUGCCUUCGUCAAGAAAGCAAUAGCACAUAACCGGCGCGAGCGCGAACUGGGACACAGCGUUAUCACCAUGCGCAAUCCACACGCCCCCGCCGAGCAAUGGGAGGAUGUAUGGGAUGUCCAGCGCAACGUGCGGGCGUCCAGCGCCUUCGCCUCGCAUGAGGUCCGUUUUGAAGAAGACAGUGAGGAUGUGGCAUCUGGGAAGAGUCCUGGAAAGACUGGAAGCGAUGGCACGACGGGAGCUGGUUCGGGAGACGGGUUCGUCGCCGCACUGGAUAAGUGGGAUCGGAUUGCGAUUAUUGCGAGAGCAAUGUUCGGCUGGGAUAAAUAUCAGCGGGCGACACGACUUCUGUCCACCCUCCUCUCCACCCCUCCUUCCGCCGUGAUGGAUUCCAAACACGAGAAGGACGUCGAGUCCGAGAGCGUCCGCUCAGCGUCGGGCCCCCGAUAUGAGUUCUACGACCCGUCGAAGGAGUCCCGCCUCACACGUCUCGGCCUGAAUUUCGAGAGUUUCAAGCGCGCCCCAGGAACUACUGGUGGUCAAGUCGUUGCGGGAGGAAACAAUGUCAAGGACUUGGAGCGCGUCCUCGCUGAUGCUCCCAUGUUGCAACAAAAGAUGAAGCCCCGGCAUCUUCAGAUGAUCGCUGUCGGUGGCAGUAUCGGUACUGGUCUCUUCGUCGGUUCCGGAAACGCUCUUCAGAACGGUGGCCCGGCCGGUGUCCUCAUCGCCUGGAUUCUCAUCGGUAUCAUGUUGAUCAACGUCACCCAGGCUAUCGGUGAAAUGUCGAUUCUCUUCCCCGUCUCUGGGGGUUUCUAUACUCUGGCUGUUCGCUUCUUGGAUCCCUCGUUCGCUUUCGCUAUGGGCUGGAAUUACGUUUUCCAAUGGGCUGUCGUACUACCACUAGAAAUCACGGUCGCCGGCCAAACGGUACAAUAUUGGGGUGAAGAUAUCAUGCAUAUCGCAGGGUGGAUCACGAUAUUCUGGAUCGUCAUUACUAUCAUCUGCGUAUUCGGAACCCUCGGUUUUGCUGAAGAAGAAUUCUGGACGUCCUGCCUAAAGCUCUUCGUCGUCAUCAUGUUCAUCUUCAUUGGCGUCAUCUGCAUUUGCGGUGGCGGUCCCUCAGGUGGCAUGUACGAUGAGUACAUCGGCGGUCGCUUCUGGAGCAACCCCGGGAGCUUCGCCAACGGCUUCAAGGGUGUCUGCUCCGUGUUCGUAACUGCAGCCUUCUCGUUCGCCGGUACUGAGCUUGUCGGUCUCGCUGCCUCUGAGACCCCCAACCCCCGCAAGACUAUGCCCGCCGCCGUCAAGGGUACUUUCUGGCGCAUUACCAUUAUCUACGUCACCUCCUUGACCAUCAUCGGCCUGCUCAUUCCUUACGAUGAGCCACGCCUUUUCGGAGGUGGUGGUGCCAACGCGUCUCCUUUCGUCAUUGCUCUUGACAACGCCAGGAUCAGGGGUCUCAACCACUUCGUCAACAUCACCAUUUGCAUUUCCGUGUUGUCGAUCGGUCUUUCCUGCGUCUACGCUGGAUCGCGUACUCUCACUGCUCUGGCUGAGACUGGAUAUGCCCCCAAGGUCUUCGCCUACGUUGACAAGUCCUCUCGCCCUCUCUGGUCCGUCAUCGCCAUCCUCAUCUGGGGUGCUCUCGCCUACGUCAACGUCGUUGCCGCCGGAGAUGUCGUCUUCAACUGGCUCCUCGCCUUGUCAGGUCUCUCGACCCUCUUCACAUGGCUCGCUAUUUGCUUGUGCCACAUACGCUUCCGCCGCGCUUGGGAAGUCCAAGGCCACUCCAUCGAGGAGCUCCCUUUCCAGGCUCUCGGUGGUGUCUACGGUUCCUGGUUCGGUGUCACCCUCAUUAUCAUCGUCCUUAUCGCCCAAUUCUACAUCGCCAUCUGGCCUAUUGGCGGCAUGUCCGAUGACCCCAAGGAGGUCGCUGAGAGAUUCUUCUCUGCCUACCUCGCCUUCCCCGUCAUGAUCCUCUUCUAUGGCAUCGGCUACGCCUGGAAACGUACCCUCCCUCAACGUGCCCACGAGAUCGAUCUCGAUACCGGCCGCAAGAGUUGGCUCACCGCUGAGGAGAUGCGCGAAUACCGUGCUGAGCGGAAGCGCGCCCCGCUCUACAUCCGUAUCUACCGUAUGCUGUUCACGAACUAA